AUGGAGGAAAAGGAAGUAAAUGGAAAUAAAAAUGGUGCAAGUAAACUUGCAUCACUGGUGUACACACUGCAGAACAUUGACAAGUACACACUGCAGAACAUUGACAAGUACACACUGCAGAACAUUGACAAGUACACACUGCAGAACAUUGACAAGUACACAAUGCAGAACAUUGACAAGUACAUACUGCAGAACAUUGACAAGUACACACUGCAAAACAUUGACAAGUACACACUGCAGAACAUUGACAAGUACACACUGCAAAACAUUGACAAGUACACACUGCAGAACAUUGACAAGUACACACUGCAGAACAUUGACAAGUACACACUGCAGAACAUUGACAAGUACACACUGCAGAACAUUGACAAGUACACACUGCAAAACAUUGACAAGUACACACUGCAGAACAUUGACAAGUACAUACUGCAGAACAUUGACAAGUACACACUGCAAAACAUUGACAAGUACACACUGCAGAACAUUGACAAGUACACACUGCAGAACAUUGACAAGUACAUACUGCAGAACAUUGACAAGUACACACUGCAGAACAUUGACAAGUACACACUGCAGAACAUUGACAAGUACAUACUGCAGAACAAUGACAAGUACACACUGCAGAACAUUGACAAGUACAUACUGCAGAACAAUGACAAGUACACACUGCAGAACAUUGACUGUAAUAAAAACAUUGACAAGCACACACUGCAGAAUAUUGACAAGUACACACUGCAGAACAUUGACAAGUACUCACUGCAGAACAGUGACAAGAACACACUGCAGAACAUUGACAAGUACUCACUGCAGAACAGUGACAAGUACACAAUGCAGAACACAAAGUUCCUUUGUUAUAACAUUGUCAAGUACACACUGCAGAACAUUGACAAGUAUACACUGCAGAACAUUGACACGUACACACUGCAGAACAUUGACAAGUACACACUGCAGAACAUUGACAAGAACACACUGCAGAACAUUGACACGUACACACUGCAGAACAUUGUCAAGUACACACUGCAGAACAUUGACAAGAACACACUGCAGAACAUUGACAAGAACACACUGCAGAACAUUGACAAGAACACACUGCAGAACAUUGACAACUACUCACUGCAGAACAGUGACAAGUACACAAUGCAGAACGCAAAGUUCCUUUGUUAUAUAGAACAUUGUCAAAACAUUGACAAGUACACACUGCAGAACAUUGUCAAGUACACACUGCAGAACAUUGUCAAGUACACACUGCAGAACGUUGACAAGUACACACUGCAGAACAUUGACAAAGUUGUUCUUGAUGGAUCCCAGAGUGAUGUCACUGGCAGUGUACCAGAAGUUAGUGGCAGUGUACCUGAUGUUAGUGGCAGUGUACCUGAAUUUAGUGGCAGUGUACCUGAAGAUAAUGGCAGUGUACUUGAAUUCAGUGGAAGUGUACCUAAAGUUACUGGCAGUGUACCUUUGAGUGGAAGUGUACCAGAUGUUAGAGAUACGAACCUACCUGUCCCCUUCCCCACCUUUCCUCCGCUUCUCUAUGAAAACAACAACAGAGAAGAAGGAACUCAGCUCUACUUUUUAUUUGGGUUGCUGGCACCAAGGACUCGUCAAACUGUGCGCACCGUGGCCAUCGCUAUCCUCUCCGCCCUCGCCCUCGUUGCUAUCUUCCACUUGGCCAGACUUGCAUAACAUCCUGUCAGUGAGAACGUCGUCGAUGUGUCGGCGGAGAAGGGCAAGACGCAGCAACAGCAACAACAGCAGCAGGCGGCAGAAGCAGCAGCAGCAGCCUGGGGAGGACAAGAUGUGCUCAAAACAUCUGGCGGCAAGGUUUUUGUAGCACCAGCAGGUGCUGGAGAGGACUGGCGAGGAGGGAAGGAGUUCGCGAAGGCAGUAGCAGACGCUGGCGGGGUAAAUCCUGUGCAAGACAUAUGGGUCCACGGCAGGAAGGUCGCCAUUCACCCGAUCCUCAACGUUCCUGUUGAUCGAGAUUUCCUGACACAAGACGUGGAACAAAUCAGGAAGCUAAACAGAAAACAAAGUCGCCCUGCCAACUCGACGGAGGUGGAGAAGACACUGGAGUUGGUGAGACAGACUGUGGAAUCUGACCGCAAACAGAUGAGCAGCAAGUCCUUGAGACUGUGGUCUCCCGGGGAGACGCCUCUCAGGGUGUUGCUUGUGACAACCUGGCGUUCUGGCUCUACUUUCUUGGGCCAAGUCUUGGCCAACCACCCUGGCGUCUUCCACCAUUAUGAGCCCUUCAGCUCCCGCGGGGUGCGACAGGUCCGCUCUGGUCGUGACGCUUUCCAGGCUCAGCAACUGCUUCAUCGCCUCAUGGACUGUCAGUUCGCUGGCCAGGAUGAGUAUCUAAACUACACCCGUUCUCACCCCGAGGAUUUGCUGGGUGACAACAAAGUUGUGUGGGACGCUUGCCACAAUGGCCCUAACGCCAACGCCUGCUUCAAUGCCACUUUCCUCACCAAGGCGUGUCAGAUGUUUCCCAUCCAGCUUGUGAAAACAGUACGCCUGCGCCUCAACUUGACGCAGCUUUUCCUUAACGACGAGAAGAUGAACAUGAAAGUGGUGUUCUUAGUGCGUGACCCUAGAGCCACCAUGAGUUCCCGUUACAACUCGGUGUCUUGGUGCUCAGAUAAACCCGACUGCUCCUCUCCUGAAGUGCUUUGUUCUGACCUGCAAGCAGAUCUGAAAGUUGCAACAGCACUCAAGCAACUCUAUCCUCAAAGGUUCACCAUGGUAAAGUAUGAGGACUUGGCCACAGAUCCGCAGCCGCAGAUCAACAACUUGAUGAACUUCCUUGGACUGGAAUUUUCUCAGGAGAUUGCUCGUUAUGUGGAAGAGCACACAAAAGUAGACGUCAACAGCCCCUGGAGCACUAAACGCAAGUCUUCCAACAGAGUAAGAAUGUGGAAAAAACAGCUGCCUCUCCAGGAGGUUUACACUAUUCAAAAUGCGUGCGAGUCAGUGAAAUAUGAAGUUAUUGGCCAGUGAAUGUGUAGAGAGCUC